ACAUAAAACGCCUUACUUCUUUAAUUUUAGGGUUUCAUUUAUUUAUAGAAAAACAGGGAGAAGCCGGCGUUGCAGUCCCAGCCGAAGAACAGCAAAAGAAGCAAUGGCGAGAAUCAAGGUCCAUGAGUUGAGACAGAAAUCAAAAACUGACCUUUUAGCUCAGUUGAAAGAUCUCAAAGCUGAACUUGCUCUUCUUCGCGUUGCUAAAGUUACCGGUGGUGCACCUAACAAGCUUUCUAAGAUAAAAGUGGUGAGGCUGUCAAUUGCUCAGGUGUUGACAGUAAUCUCACAGAAGCAGAAGGCUGCAUUGAGGGAGGCAUAUAAGAAGAAGAAGUUCUUACCCCUCGAUCUGCGUCCCAAGAAGACUAGAGCCAUCAGGAGAAGGCUCACCAAUCACCAGGCAUCAUUGAAGACUGAACGCGAGAAGAAGACGGAAAUGUACUUCCCAAUGAGGAAGUAUGCCAUUAAGGUGUAGGGUAGGAUCUUUUAGAUAGGGUUUGAUUUUCAAUUCCAUUUGCCCAUACUUACUAGUGUCAUAUUUGUGAAACCUGAGUUGUGAUUUUGUUCAAUUUUUAUGUUUGUGAAACCAAGAUGCUGAUCUUUUUGAUGGAUGUGGUAAUUAAAUGAAGGAUUUUUGCA